AUGCGUCUCACGGUUUUACUUGCCACGCUAUUUGCAAGCACUGCCCUAGCAGGGGCGACGGCUUUACAAGCUGCUUUGCCUCCAUGUGCUGUAAGUCUGAAUAAAUGCAGAUAUGUCCACAGAACAGAAGCCGGAAAACUAACCCCCCUGAAGCUGGAGUGCAUGGCGUCCUCGAUAGCCCAAAGUUCCUGCCAGCCAACGGAUCAACUGUGCCUAUGUUUGGACAAACACUACGCAGAUGUCCUUGAAGGGUGUGUUAUGACCAGUUGUACAAUUCGACAGUCAUUGACUACGAAAAAUGUUACAACUUCAGCAUGCGGGGCUCCAAUUCGAAAUCGCACAAAAGUUGUGUCAUAUGCCGGAGUUAUCGGUGGAGUGAUAGCACUUAUUGCAUUUAUUCUUCGUAUGGUGGCCCGGCUUAGGUGCUGUGGUGGGACAUUUGGAAUGGACGACUGGACAAUGAUGUUGACCAUGUUCUUGGUCAUCCCACUCUCAGCCCUCUCGGUUGUCUUGGCCGACAGCGGACUGGGUAGGGACAUGUGGACUAUUCCCUUCGACAAUAUCACGCGAGUCCUCUAUAUUUACUUCUGGGAUGAGUUAAUAUACCUCAGUGUUUUGCCUAUGACCAAGAUAUCGAUCUGCUGUUUUUACCUCCGAAUUUUCCCCGAAAAGCGAUUUCGAAUCAUUACAUACUGUGUCAUUGGUCUAAACGUCGCUUAUUUGAUCGUCUUUGUAUUAAUCUCAGUCUUUCAAUGCCGGCCACUGCCAGGUGCAUGGCUUCAUUGGGAUGGAGAAAGCAAUUACAAAUGCAACCAUAUCAAUGCGCAAGGAUGGUCUGCAGCCGCUAUCAACAUGAUUUUGGAUAUACUGGUCAUGACGCUUCCUCUACGACAGCUAUAUCAGCUUAAUCUGUCAGUGAGGAAGAAGGUCUAUGUUAUGUGCAUGUUUGGACUGGGCUUAUUUGUUACCCUUGUCAGCAUUCUGCGACUGAACUCGCUCAUUCAUUUUGCAUCAACUACUAAUCUCACAUGGGACUAUGUCACCAUCGGAUACUGGAGCACAAUUGAAUGUGACGUUGGUGUCAUUUGUGCAUGUCUACCUGCUAUUCGAUCUUUACUUCGCCGGGUAUCUCCUAAACUCUUUGGCGACACUGAGAACAUAAGAUCCUAUGGCGCAAACUCCCAGUCUCGAAUGGGCGGAUCUCGACAUGAGGGUCCAAUCUAUGUUCACCAUGAUAUCCAGAUCAAGAGCAAUGACCGCCAAUUUUACCAGUUGGGCGAUAUGGAUAACUCCAGUGUGACCCGACUCCAUUAUCAAAGGUCAUAA